UAAAGGGCGGUCGGCUGCUGGUCUUUAGCUUUGCGAGGCCGGCUUGUGAGCCGAGCCGCGGGAAAGGCGCGUGUCGGCCGCUCACUGGUGCAGCUGCUGCCCCCUCCGCAGCUGCCCCGCCCCACCCCGCUCCACCCUGCUCCGGCGUUGUCCCAGGUGCCGUCGCAGACGGAGCGCGGCCCCGGCAUGGGCUGGAAAGGGGCUGCGGGCGGCGCGUGUGCCGCCGCUGCGCGGCCGGUGACAGGGGUUUGCCAUAAAAUGGGCCUUCUGAUCAUACUCAUUGGACUAUGGCUGUUAUCCUCAGUAAAAGCAGAUUCAAAAGCCAUUACAACCUCUCUUACAACAAAGUGGUUUUCCACUCCCUUGUUGUUAGAAGCCAGUGAGUUUUUAGCGGAAGACAGUCAAGAGAAAUUUUGGAAUUUUGUAGAAGCCAGUCAAAAUAUUGGAUCAUCAGAUCAUCACGGUACUGAUUAUGCCUAUUAUCAUGCAAUAUUGGAAGCUGCAUUUCAGUUUUUGUCACCACUACAGCAGAAUUUGUUGAAAUUUUGUCUGUCUCUUCGCUCCUACUCAGCUACCAUCCAAGCUUUCCAGCAGAUAGCAGCUGAUGAACCUCCACCUGAAGGGUGUAAUUCCUUUUUUUCGGUGCAUGGCAAGAAGAGUUGUGAUUUUGAUACCCUUGAGACUCUUCUGCUAACAGCCUCUGAAAGACCCAAACCUUUAUUGUUUAAAGGAGAUCACAGAUAUCCCUCGUCUAAUCCUGAAAGCUCAGUGGUUAUUUUCUACUCUGAGAUUGGCUCUGAGGAAUUUUAUAAUUUCCACCGACAACUUACAUCAAAAAGCAAUGCAGGCAAAAUCAACUACAUAUUCAGACAUUAUAUACCUAAUCCCAGGAAGGAGCCUGUUUACCUCUCUGGCUAUGGUGUGGAGUUGGCCAUUAAGAGCACUGAGUACAAGGCCAAGGAUGAUACUCAGGUGAAAGGAACUGAAGUUAACACCACAGUGAUUGGUGAAAAUGAUCCUAUUGAUGAAGUUCAGGGAUUUCUCUUUGGAAAAUUAAGAGACCUGCACCCGGACCUGAAGGGUCAGUUGAAAGAACUUAGAAAGCAUCUUGUUGAGAGCACCAAUGAAAUGGCACCUUUAAAAGUCUGGCAGUUGCAAGAUCUAAGUUUCCAGACUGCUGCCCGGAUCUUGGCUGCUCCUAUUGAGUUAGCUCUGGUGAUUAUGAAGGAUCUUAGUCAGAAUUUUCCUACCAAGGCCAGAGCAAUUACAAAAACAGCUGUGAGUUCAGAACUUAGAACCGAAGUGGAAGAGAAUCAGAAGUAUUUCAAGGGAGCUUUAGGAUUACAGCCUGGAGAUUCAGCACUGUUCAUCAAUGGACUCCAUAUUGAUUUAGAGACGCAGGAUAUAUUCAGUUUGUUUGAUAUAUUGAGGAAUGAAGCUCGGGUGAUGGAGGGCCUGCACAGAUUGGGAAUAGAGGGCCUUUCUCUGCAUAAUAUUUUGAAACUGAACAUCCAGCCCUCUGAGGCUGACUAUGCUGUAGACAUCAGGAGCCCGGCCAUUUCGUGGAUCAACAACCUAGAGCUUGAUAGCAGAUAUAGUUCAUGGCCUUCUAAUCUGCAGGAGUUGCUCCGCCCCACCUUUCCUGGUGUCAUACGACAGAUCAGGAAGAACCUGCACAACAUGGUUUUCAUAGUUGAUCCUGCUCAUGAGAGCACCGCAGAGUUGAUUAACACAGCUGAGAUGUUCCUCAGUAAUCAUAUACCACUAAGACUUGGUUUAAUCUUUGUGGUUAACGACUCUGAAGAUGUGGAUGGGAUGCAGGAUGCUGGAGUGGCUCUUCUGAGAGCAUAUAACUACGUUGCCCAAGAAGUGGAUGAUUACCAUGCCUUCCAAACUCUGACACAUAUAUAUAACAAAGUAAGGACUGGAGAAAAAGUGAAAGUUGAACAUGUGGUCAGCGUCCUGGAAAAGAAGUAUCCAUAUGUGGAAGUGAAUAGCAUUUUGGGGAUUGACUCUGCUUAUGAUCAGAAUCGCAAGGAAGCAAGAGGCUAUUAUGAACAGACUGGGGUUGGUCCACUGCCUGUUGUUCUGUUCAAUGGAAUGCCCCUUGAAAAGGAACAGCUGGACCCUGAUGAGUUGGAAACCAUUACAAUGCACAAAAUCCUGGAGACCACAACCUUCUUCCAAAGAGCAGUGUACUUGGGUGAACUGUCCCUUGAUCAAGAUGUGGUAGAGUAUAUCAUGAAUCAGCCAAAUGUGGUUCCACGAAUCAACUCAAGGAUUUUGACAGCUGAGCGCGAAUACUUGGACUUAACAGCAACCAAUAACUUUUUUGUGGAUGAUUAUGCUAGAUUUACUGUCUUGGAUUCUCAAGGCAAGACUACUGCUAUAGCCAAUAGUAUGAAUUAUCUGACUAAGAAAGGAAUGUCCUCCAAGGAAAUCUAUGAUGAUUCUUUUAUUAGGCCAGUAACUUUUUGGAUUGUUGGGGAUUUUGAUAGCCCUUCUGGAAGGCAGUUAUUAUAUGAUGCUAUUAAACAUCAGAAAUCCAGUAACAAUGUUAGAAUAGGCAUGAUCAAUAAUCCUAGUGAAGACAUAAGUUAUGAGAAAACUCAGAUCUCCAGAGCUAUCUGGGCAGCUCUCCAAACACAGACCUCCAGCUCUGCUAAGAACUUCAUCACAAAAAUGGCCAAGGAGGAGACUGCAGAGGCUCUGGCUGCAGGAGCCGACAUCAGCGAGUUCUCUGUUGGGGGCAUGGAUUUCAGUCUUUUUAAAGAGGUCUUUGAAUCUUCCAAAAUGGAUUUCAUUUUGUCUCAUGCCAUGUACUGCAGGGAUGUUCUGAAGCUGAAGAAGGGACAGAGGGCAGUGAUCAGCAAUGGAAGGAUCAUUGGGCCACUGGAGGACAGUGAACUCUUUAAUCAAGAUGAUUUCCACCUCCUAGAAAAUAUCAUCUUAAAAACUUCUGGACAGAAAAUCAAAUCUCAUAUUCAGCAGCUUCGGGUAGAAGAGGAUGUAGCAAGUGACUUGGUAAUGAAGGUGGAUGCUCUUCUGUCAGCUCAACCAAAAGGAGAUACGAGAAUCAAGUAUCAGUUUUUCGAAGACAGACACAGUGCAAUUAAACUGAAGCCAAAGGAAGGGGAGACGUACUUUGAUGUUGUGGCUGUCGUUGACCCUGUCACCAGAGAAGCACAGAGGCUUGCCCCACUGCUCUUGGUUUUAACUCAGCUGAUCAACAUGAAUCUAAGAGUAUUUAUGAACUGCCAGUCUAAACUUUCCGACAUGCCUUUGAAAAGCUUUUACCGUUAUGUUUUAGAACCAGAGAUUUCUUUUAGUUCAGACAACAGCUUUGCUAAGGGUCCAAUAGCAAAAUUUUUGGAUAUGCCACAGUCUCCUCUGUUCACUCUAAAUUUGAACACACCUGAGAGUUGGAUGGUAGAGUCUGUCAGAACACCAUAUGACCUGGAUAAUAUUUAUUUAGAAGAGGUGGACAGCAUAGUGGCUGCUGAGUAUGAACUGGAGUACCUGUUGCUAGAAGGUCACUGCUAUGAUAUCACCACCGGCCAGCCCCCACGAGGAUUGCAGUUUACAUUAGGAACUUCAGCCAAGCCUGUCAUUGUGGACACCAUUGUCAUGGCCAAUCUGGGCUACUUUCAGUUAAAAGCCAACCCAGGUGCCUGGAUUCUCAGACUAAGGAAGGGACGUUCUGAAGAUAUUUAUAGAAUCUACAGUCAUGAUGGUACAGAUUCUCCACCUGAUGCUGAUGAAGUUGUUGUUGUCCUCAACAAUUUCAAGAGCAAAAUUAUUAAAGUGAAGGUUCAGAAGAAAGCAGACAUGGUGAAUGAAGACUUGCUGAGCGAUGGAACUAAUGAGAAUGAGUCUGGCUUUUGGGAUUCCUUCAAAUGGGGUUUCACGGGAGGACAGAAGACUGAGGAAGUGAAACAGGAUAAAGAUGACGUCAUUAAUAUAUUCUCUGUUGCAUCUGGUCAUCUCUAUGAAAGAUUUCUUCGCAUAAUGAUGCUUUCGGUCCUGAAGAAUACCAAGACUCCUGUGAAAUUCUGGUUCUUGAAGAAUUAUUUGUCCCCCACAUUUAAGGAGUUUAUACCUUAUAUGGCAAACAAAUACAAUUUUCAGUAUGAGCUUGUUCAGUACAAAUGGCCGCGGUGGCUUCAUCAGCAGACCGAGAAGCAGCGCAUCAUCUGGGGUUACAAGAUCCUCUUCCUGGACGUGCUCUUCCCUCUGGUGGUGGACAAAUUCCUCUUUGUGGAUGCUGAUCAGAUUGUACGAACAGAUUUGAAGGAGUUAAGAGAUUUCAGUUUGGAUGGUGCUCCUUACGGUUAUACUCCCUUCUGUGACAGCCGCAGAGAAAUGGAUGGCUACAGGUUCUGGAAAUCAGGCUACUGGGCCAGUCACUUAGCUGGACGCAAGUAUCACAUCAGCGCCUUGUAUGUGGUGGAUCUGAAGAAGUUUAGGAAAAUAGCUGCUGGUGACAGACUCAGGGGACAGUACCAAGGUCUGAGUCAGGAUCCUAACAGCCUUUCAAAUCUUGAUCAAGAUUUGCCCAAUAACAUGAUCCAUCAGGUGCCAAUUAAAUCACUCCCUCAAGAAUGGCUUUGGUGUGAAACGUGGUGUGAUGACGCCUCUAAGAAAAGGGCAAAAACAAUUGAUUUGUGUAAUAAUCCAAUGACCAAAGAGCCCAAGCUGGAGGCAGCUGUUCGAAUUGUGCCUGAGUGGCAGGACUAUGAUCAGGAGAUCAAACAGCUACAGACUCGCUUUCAGGAGGAGAAAGAAACGGGAACACUGUAUAAAGAUAUGACAGCAGAAGAGCCAAGCCGAGAAGGACCUCAGAAACGCGAAGAAUUAUGAUCUCCAGAGGAGGGCAGGAAAUGACACCAUUUGAAAAACACUUUUUGUAUUAAAUGUUAGUUUUUUCCAAUCUGUCUAUACAACUGCUGAUGGACUGGCCGGGCAGCUGAGCCGCACCACUGAUUUUGCCUCCUGCGCCCGGCGGCCUCUGGAUCCCCGGAGUUAAGGCUCUGUGGGAUUUGUGUACCUCAGAGGAAGACAAGCGGGUGCUCUUUGGGGACUCUAUAAAGAGCAGUCAUCUGACCAGAAGGGUAAACGGCAAAGGCAACUGGAAGAAAACCAGCCCUGCGGUGCCCACACCCAGGAGCACACAUGCUGCAGUGUCACGGGAGACAACCAGUAGAGCCGCCAUGUCUUCCUCGCCUCGGUCCUCGGCAGCGCAGCUCAGUCUGCACCCUGCGCCGCGGUGCAGGCGCCGCCGCGCCGCCGCCGGAGUCGGAAGCUUUGCCCAAGGUCCCGCACCUCGGGGUUGGUGCCCUGUGCACCUGCGCCCUUCCUCAUCAUCAGGUUCACUGUCAAAUUGAAACCCAAUCCACACUCGUGUGUCUUCAGGGUCGGCUCGGGGGCAGAUCAGUUUGGGGAUGGGGUGGGGUGAGGAUAGGGAAAAUACCAGGAGCAGGAGGCCUCUGGAAUGGGGGUAGGGGCGUGAGGAAGACCAGAGAUUGGCCCUUCUCUUUUAUAACCCGCGGGUACCAUUGUGACUAAUUUGAAAUGGAAACAUUAUUCUUAUUCUCCACCCAGUCCCAGCAAACUUUUUAAGUAAUUGUUUUGUAAGCAAUUUUUGUACUUGUAAAAGUCUUUGCUUUCUCUUCCCACUUUCUUAAAAAAUGCCUGUUAUCUCCUUACUGGAUACAGCCAUUGUAAGCGCCCCCUAGUGACCAUCUCAAAGGGCUCAGGGUUCCUCAGGAAGGUUGCUGCCUCAUCUCCUCUUUUUACAGGAUUUUUUUUUUCAGACCCAGGGCAAGUUGGCUUUGACUUUUCUCUACAAGAGACUCCCAGAUCUGAGAUCAGGAGAGAUUUGGAUUGUGUAAUUCAUUUUUUCUGUCCAUUGUUCUAUAUUCCUCUUAGUUUAGUGCGGCAGGCUGCCUUCGACUUGUAAAACUUGCCACUUUUUCCGCCCAUUGCAUCUUGAAGCCAGGUUAGCCCUUUGGUCCCAGCUUUUUAUACUCUCACCUCAACAGCCCUGAACGGCCCUUCUGCAGCAGCCUUCCCUGCGGAGCAGGCAGUGCAGGGAGGCACCUGCUAGGAGUCCUCCAGCUGUUGCUGGCCUGCGUGGCUUGUCUCCAGGUCCUGCCCUCCUAUGUCUGCCCAGGCUGCAGGGUACAGCGGUGAAGCACACCUAGGAAUUCUGCUUCCUUCAAAGAUUUUAGGAUGAAUAUCAAGUAAUUAAUUGUUUCCACACUUACACAGGAAAGUUAACUCAGGAGUCUCAGUCUGAAGGAGCUUCUGAGUUUCUUUUGUAAUUCCAUUCAAAAUGAGAGAGAGGGGAGCCAAAAAUGUUUUGACUCAAAUGCUGAAUUGACCCAAGACUAAAAAGGUCCCCCCGAGUUGUUGCCAUUGACAAAGGCUGUAGCAGGAGCCCCGUCCCCAGCCCUCACCCCCUCUCUGGCCCUGCUCACCUGGCCAGAGCAACUAGAGGGAUAGAAUCAUUCAGAGUGAAAAACAUUGGUACAGCUUCAUCUUAGAUUUAAUUAAGCCUUCAGAGAGCCUUCUGCUGCCGCCACUUCUGCCUACAACCGUGGGCAGAGUUGUGCAUUUUCCCAGUUUAUUUUCUGGAAGAUGGAGCAGUAACUAAAGUCACUGGGAUAUGCUUUGGGACAUAGAAGAGGCUCCCUCUCUCCAGGUCUUCCUGCCCAAUCCCUCAAGCAUAUUCUGUGUGAGGAAGGAGCAGAAUGAAAUCUGUUCUUUGUAUAUUGUGUGUGUCCUCAUGGCCCCUUAUCUGUUACCACCCUAAAUUUAAGUCUUAUGGAUAGUCAAAUCUGAACAUAACAGACCCAGCUGGCUUCUGGAAUGGGCUAGGGCCUUCCUUCCCAUGCCAGUCGUUCUUGGUGCAUGUGGCAUAAGCAACUUUCAAAAUGAACCCCUAAUACCCUGGGAAAUGAUGCUGCCACUGAAAUGUGGUCUUAGCUUUGUUGUCUCUACUGUAUGAAAGCAAAUUGUGACUGAAGAGAGAGUUUUUUCCCCCAAGAAACAUGAAUUGAUUUCACUGGAAGUUUCAAGCUUCUGGAAACUGUUUACAAUGUGUUGCUUUUAACCGUCAUUUAUAUGUAAUCGAUUUUUUUUUCCCUCCCAUCAUGCUGUAAUGGAAAAUUUUUCCUUCUGGAUCAGUGCCACAGAGAUAUGAAAUAAUGUGACAUGUCAGAAUGACAUGCAGCGGUGUGGGUUUUUAUGUUCUGUGAACAGUGGGUCGGCAUGGGUGUACACAGCCUGCUUUGGGGGCUGUGGGGACAUACCUGUGUUUUGUUUUAAAACUAUAUUCAACACAGAGAAUGAUGGUAUGUUCGUUUUCCAUACCAUAGUGUUGAAUUUGUCAAAAUGGCAUUUCAAAUGGAAGCACACAGCUGUUUGUCUGUCUGCUAAGUGUCCAUGUAUUGUAUGAAUUCAGCUCUAGGGAGAGCAAAGGUUUUAGAAAAAUUAGUAGUUUCCAAGAAUGGAGCUUCAUACACUCUACAGUCCUCAUGACAUGAACCUUGUUAAGGUUCUGACUGAAGGAAUAAACAGUGUUGAGGUGCUUGCAGAGUCCCUGAAGGAAGGGCUGACCACCAGGGAUGGCAGUGGUUUCCAGAAGAGACUGGGAGAAAGACCCCACUUCCCUUUUCACUGGGAGUUACACUUUACUGACAGUGUAACUUGGAGCGGGUCAGACACCACUGUCAUAGCAGUGGGUAUAAAAUGAUUCCUCUUCCCCCACAGCCCCCUAGGAGUACAUUUGAAUACCUGAAAGCAUGUUUUUUUUUCCCUAAAAUUACCAUAAAUGAUUAAAAGAAGUAAUUCAGUUCAAGAGUUUCAAGGUAACAUUUUUUUUUUCUGAAUAAGAUGUUAGUACUGUGGUAUCAGAUUUCAUGGAACUGGAAGUGUUUUGGUAAAGCUACAAUAUGGAAGCUUUCUCUUGGUAACAGCUAAUGGAGAACACUUGUGUGCAAAGUUAUUUAAAUAUAUGUUCCAUUAAUAAUUAUUUUAAUAAUUUUUUUAAGUAUUUGAUCUUAUGGGGGUGUUGUGGGAUGAGUAGUUAAUCAAUUUAAAUAUAGCUAUGUGUCUAGUCUGGUGGGAUAACCUUUUUAAUUUAAAUUUAUGUUUUCCCUGUCUUGAUAUGGUGAGGAAAGAUCUUUAUCAGAACUUUCAUAAUAAUCUGACUGAAUUCAAGCAAAUUGGAUUUCAUUAACUCAGGUCGUUAUUGAUAUUUCAUAGUAUCUGGAGGGCACCAGUUUCUCUUUCAUUAUUUGGUUUUGAUCUCUUGAUCUAAUAGAGAAAUGACUCUUCAGGUGGCAGUGACUCAGUGCACUGAGUGGGGAUCUCCCCCCUCAGGGUGUCAUUGAAUGCUGACAAUUUACGAAAACAAACGACAAAAUUAAGAGCAGCUGCAUGCUCCUGUCCAGAAGUUUAAACUCCACGGUAAUGACUUUUGCAAACAAGAGGCCAUCUCCUGAGUCUCUUCCAGUUACCUGGCAACACAGAGGCCAAGUGUGGCAGGACACAAGUUAGGGUGUGAGCGCAAGCCAUCAUCCCAUCUGUACUAUAGGCAUUGCCUUACUUGUCAACAUUUAGAUUUCCAGAGAAAUGGGCAUAAUUCCUCUUCAAAAUAAAAAAAAUAGCAAAAUGCAUUAACCUCAAGUCAACAAUUUGAGAAGCAAUUAUCAAGUACCAUGUUCUCCAACCAGUUGUUUUGGUGUAAUAAUAAGGAAAACAUGGAAAAACAAAAAUAUUAGAAUUUUUAAAGAAACUAUGUACCUUAAAAACAACAAAACAAAACCUUUAUAACUAUUCUGUUUUACUGUAAUCCUGUUCUAUUAAAUGCGAUGUGGCUCCAGGUGCUGCGCCUUGCUUGGGAACAAGCCUGGGGCACUAAAUGUCUGAAGAGCCCUCUGAACCUGAAAUAACUGAGAAUGAAUUUCCUGGUACUGUAAAAAAAAAAUAAGGUCUGCUCAACACAAUAAACUUUUCCUUUUCUUCUUCAAAACUCUCUGGUCUGUCGAUGAGCUUUUAUGCUCAGGAAGGGUUUGAAGGUCCACCCUUUCAUCUGACAGAAGUAGCAGCCUGGACAGGGGAGAGAGCUUUACCUGAACGUCUUGUGUGGUGA